AUGGGUGGCAAAGCCUUCGCAAACCACAAUCCUCCCCUGCAGACGCCGCGGAUGCCAGGUUCAGUCUACCAUGAAGUCAAGAGACGCGUGGAACACCGACUCUCCAAGGCCUUCUCUGUUGUUCGCUUCCCCAUCGAGGGACCGGCAAAGCAGGACUUUGGCGACGUCGACGUCUUCGUGACGGGUCCCAGAUUCCAGAGCCAAGGAGACGAGUACACCAGAAGGGAGUACCUUGACCACAUCAGCGCUGUCCUCGGAGCUACAGCCGUUAUUGAAGAUGCAGGAGUUCAGGAGCCGUCUGGUCACUUUGCUAUCCCUUGGCCUCGCGACCUCGAACACCUUUCCGACUCGCCUAACCCUCAAGAGCCGACCUAUGCCGUGGCCGGACCUUCGACUAGUCCCAGUACCUCUGCUCAAAUCGACUCUCCAACUCCUCGCAGCUUCUCCGCGCAGAUCGGCAAUUCACCUUAUCCCAGCUUCCCUGCUCAAGUCGGCACUUCUACUCAUCCUGGCGCUUCUGCUCCCGCCGUUCGCUCUCCUUACGGCAGUGUUUCUACGCCUAGCAAUGCUUCUCCUUCUACCCCUGUCACUGCUACCACUCCCACUCUCCCUUCUUUCCCUGCUGUUCCUUCUGCACACUCCAACGCUGUUACUCCUACCGAAUUCCCCCUUCCAAGAUCUCGUUUCGACGGAACUCAUGCCAAACCGAAUCAGCGUCCAGACUGGCCUCGUUCAACAGAGCUCGAGAUGACCCUCCCUGAUCGAGAGUUCAGACAUGUCAGUGGUGCCCAGCAACGAGGCGGCAGAUCUAGAAGUCUUCCUCCCGUUCGCCAAGACCCAGAACAGAUUGCCCCCCGACAAUCAAGACGCUCCCGGUCAGGCUCCGCUCGCCCCUACUCCCGAAGAGGACCGCCGCGUUGGGAAGAACCCACCAAUGAAAACAGCAACUCCCAAGAGGAGUCUGUUUCUGCCCCCUUCUCCCGACUCAGCUUCGCCCCUGAUCUCCCGUCCAGCCGUCCCAUCACCCCAGCACGAGAGCGUCGUCUUCACAUCCAGGUCGACGUCCAAGUCUUCGACUCGUCAAGCCGGUUGCACUACAUGCUCUUCCAUCACGCCCAUGGAGACAUAUGGCAACUCCUGGGAAACGUGAUCAAGCCCUACGGUCUAACCGUAGACGACAAAGGACUCUGGCUGCGCAUCCCGGAGAUCGAGGACGCCGACAGGAAGAGGUCAAAGGUCUGGGUCACCGGGGACCCAGGCGAGAUCCUAGACUUCCUUGGCCUGCCGUACACCCGGUAUUGGGCAGGUCCCUUUAGGGACCUGUACCAGAUGUACGAGUAUGUGGCCAACUGCGUCACGUUCUGGGUUCCCUCCGCCGACGAGACCGAGUCGGCUCUCCGCGCCAACGACCGGCGACGGAUGAAGCAGCGUCCCGCCUACCGAAAGUGGGUAGAGGAGUUCAAGCCUCUUUGCCGAGCGCAAGGCCGGUUCUCCGACGAGCCCAUGACCCGCGACCAAGUUCGCGGUCGUGCCUUUGCGAGGUUCAAUGUACGCCAGACCUACAUGACCGAGCGCCGGGCCUUCUUGGUCGAAGACCAGAAGCGCCACAUCCUCAAGACCAUCAUCGAGAGGAUUGUUCCGCUCCCAGCGGAGGGCGCCGCAAAGGAGGACUUCCUGUACAGGACAGUCCUGGUCAGGGCUCUGAAGGAGAUCGUCCUCGACUGGAACCGGGGGUUAUAUAGUAUUAUGGCCCCUGGGAACCUUCGGGAUGACGAAGGUUUCUACCAUCUUGGUAGAACCGAGUCAUUCGUCCUUGAGUACAAGGACAGGAUCGGCAAGGAGGCCAUGGACCUCCACCACCGGAGGAUGAGGGAGAAGAGGUCACAUGAGCAGCCAAGCCGGGUUUAG